AUGGCGGCGGGUGAUGGGGACGUGAAGCUAGGCACCCUGGGGAGUGGCAGCGAGAGCGGCAGCGAAGGCGGCGGCGGGAGCCCGGGCGGCGCGGGAGUGGCGGCAGAAGGGGGCGGCUGGGCGGCAGCGGCGUUGGCGCUGCUGACGGGGGGCGGGGAGAUGCUGCUGAACGUGGCGCUGGUGGCGCUGGUGCUGCUGGGGGCCUACCGGCUGUGGGUGCGCUGGGGGCGCCGGGGUCUGGGCGCCGGGGCCGGGGCGGGCGAGGAGAGCCCCGCAGCCGCCCUGCCGCGCAUGAAGAAGCGCGACUUCAGCUUGGAGCAGCUGCGCCAGUUCGACGGGUCCCGCACCCCGCGCAUCCUGCUCGCGGUCAAUGGGAAAGUCUUCGAUGUGACCAAAGGCAGCAAGUUCUACGGUCCCGCGGGUCCAUAUGGAAUAUUUGCUGGUAGGGACGCCUCCAGAGGACUGGCGACAUUUUGCCUAGAUAAAGAUGCACUUAAAGAUGAAUAUGAUGAUCUAUCAGAUUUGAAUGCUGUACAAAUGGAAAGUGUCCGAGAAUGGGAAAUGCAGUUUAAAGAAAAAUAUGAUUAUGUAGGCAGACUGCUAAAACCAGGAGAAGAACCGUCAGAAUAUACAGAUGAAGAAGAUACCAAGGAUCACAAUAAACAGGACUGA